GCCAACCGCUUACAGAAAGUCGCUACCAGUCCAGGACACCUGUAAUGGAAGAGGGGAACCUUAUGCCUUGCCUCCAGAGUAAAAAAUAGCCAAACGUACAUUUCUAUUAGCAGAGGUUUAGCAUUAACGUUGAUGCAAUGUUUUCUCGCGUCAAGGAUUUCCUGUACCGGCAUCGAAGAAAGUUUUUGGUGGGGGGAGUCAUCAUAGGCGGAGCUGCUCUCCUCAGCCGCUAUGCUGAGAGGAAGCUGUUGGAGUGGCAUGACCAGCAGACCCGCUCAAUGCUGGAGAAGCAGAAGAAACGGCAGCACUAUGAAAACACUUACAGAACAGCAAAUGCCACUGUCAUGAGCCUUUCAGGGAGCAUGAAAGAAGUGCUCUCAAGGGAACUUGAUGCUGAAGCUUUGCUGCAGGCUGUGAGGGAGCAGCCGCAGCACAAGCGCAGCAUCUGGGAGCAGCUGAAGGUUGUGGGGUUCAGCCGAGCCAUCUCCACCGUGUACAUUGCCGGCCUGGUGGGCGCUGCCAUCCGUGUGCAGCUCAUGCUUCUUGGAGGCUACACCUUCGGUGACCUCAUCCACUCAGGCCAUGCUGGCUCACCCAUCUCCCAAACACUCCAGCAGAAGUACCUAACAGCUGUGCAUUUCCUGGUGGAGGAAGGGAUUCCAAAGCUUGUCCAACACAUAACUCAAGUUGUUACUCGUAUAGUCACUGGAAUUCCCCUCAACCGACCUCUCACGUUAACCCAACUGGAGGGCAUCUUCCAUGAGAUCAGACUGGCUGUUGCAGGGGAGACCACCUCCCACGACGACACUCACACCAGAAGGCAGAAAGUGGAGCCUUGGAGUAAAUACGUCCUGCAGCUGCCCGUGCCUCCUGACGGGGAGUCUGAGGAGGAGAAGGUGCUCUACAACAUGCUCAUUGAAACUAGCGACAUACUGGACAGUGAAGAUUUCUGUACAGUAAUGGACACCUUACUGCAGCACGGAUUUAAUGUGCUGCUUGAUAGAGUAGCAGAUUUUUAUCCUGUAACAAAAGUCCAGGAGGCUGGUGCUGCUAAAGAAAACUGGGUGGACAAUGUGAGCAGGGACCUAAGUCCAGGCUUGCCAUCACCAGACGCAGGGGAGAAGGUUGCCGGGCCACAGAUUGGUCCUCCUCACUGCUCCAACUUCAUCAGUGGCAGCACUGUGCCUGUGGCCAAACUGGUGCCGGUGCUGUCUGGGGUUGUCCAUGCUGCACUCUCGCCCACCCCCGGACAGCUGCUGCAGAAGGUUCUUACCAAUGAACGGCUGGACUCACUUGGUGGCAACGUGUAUGAGGCCUUUGCCCUCCCUCUCAGUCAGUAGGAGCCUGAAGGGUGCACAAAUUGCUGCUGAUGCUCCUCUCAGCCGUCACGUUGCUGGGGACUGAAAGUAUUACAUCAGCUCCCAGAACUUCAUGUGGGUUUAUCUAGCUUUGUAAGGCGUGAUUGUUUUUAGGGAAUAUUAUGUCAGUAUAGCAGGGGAGAGACUUGGGGAAGGAAACGGCCCUGUAGUGUAGGUUAUUACUAUUGAAGUAUUAACCUCUGUUUUACUUGUCAUUUUCCUGAGAAUGUCAUGAUGUUGCCCCACAUUCUUGGCAACUACCAUUGGCUGUCAUUGAAUUGUUGUCUCCUUAACAGAGGUGAAUCCAAGAAUGAAGUAAUUCACAAUUUUGUCUGCUUAACACCUGGCUUCAAAUAUAAGUUCUGUCUUAAAAGUAAAAAAGAAUUCAAAAUAGAUGAAAACAAUGAUUCCUGAUUUUGCAAAGUCACAGGUGUGUGCUUCUUACACACCAAAACAAACUUCACCCCUCUCAUUCCAGCAUUCAUGUUGAAAGAUUUUCCUUGUGCAAAUCUCACAUUCAACCUCUGCACUUUUCCACCUCCCUCAACAGUUCAGGAGUCAUACAUGAGAACAUUGGAGGUGUGGUGUACAUAUUAUUAUAAGUUGAGUGCAAGAGAGAAGGUGGGAGAGGGAGAGAGAAAGAGCAGACUAAGGCAGAUAGUUUAGGAAUCCUUUUGACCCGAGAAGGAGAAGGAGCAGUCUUGUGUCUUACAGAUUAAUUCACAGCCAUCAGUCGACAGAAACUUGAAAAUUUGUAAACUGCUCCAUUAGAUAAUCGAUUUUGGUAUAGGAAGAAAGUUAAGCGUGAUAUCAGCUGAGACUCAACAAGAAUGAUCUACUCCUAAUAAGGGUCUGUUAGAUCAGUUACAGUGUGUGGCUCCUACAGUCAAAUGAUCUCAAAUAGUCCAUUGAGGCGUUGGCUGUCGUGGGUCCUUUCCUCCCCUCUGCUCUGCCACACUGACCCAACACCCAUCUCUUCCCCUCAUAUGUUAACUACAGGUAACAUAUGAGAGGAAAAAAUAGGUGUAGGGACUGUGUGGCAGAAGAAAGGACCCACGGAAGCCAAUGCCUCAAUGGACUAUUUGAAAUUGCUUGACUAUAAGUUCAUCACUGAGAAAAUCCUGUAAACUCUGUAACUGUUGGGGAGCAGAACUUUCAGCCAUGUCAACAGAGCACUGCCGCCUGUCACUCCUGUGGGUGAGGGAGCUGUUAGUUGGCUGUUUAUUCAGGUGUAGAUGGUUAAGAUCCUAUGGAGUUCUGUAAGGAGCCAGGAGACAUUAGCAUGACUAGUAAGAUGCCAGUUAGACCAUUGUUUAUGACCAGAAAGUAUUUUAAGACAGAUUUCAUUCUAGUAACAUAAAAAAUUCCCACCAACAGCCAAUCCAUCAUCCCAGGUGGAGGGUUACGGGGAAGACAAUAAAACAGUGAGAUAUGAG